CAAUGUUGAGCAUUUCUGGGAGAUUCCAGGCAGCCCAGCCACGAUGGAUUACUGGAAGUACUCCAUCAUCAGCAUCCUGGUGGAGAGGGACAUUGAAGAUGAGGCUAUUGUGGGUCUUUCUGAUAAUGGAUGUGUGUGGGCAAUCAAGCCAGGAGAGCUCCUCACACUCACCUAGAAUCACUUGAUCACAGACCAGGAUCGGAAAAUGUUCCUGUUAGUGGGAAUCACCAUAGAUUAUAAAAAGUGUGGUAGGAUUAGUGAAAACCUGCUCGUGGAUGAAGACAACGUGAUGGAUGUCAGUGACAGCAGAUCUAUUCCUACUGACAUGAUCCCCAAACCCCUGAUCUUCCUCAUAGGUUUGGGAACUUUCUCCUUCUACAAGUACACCACAACAUGA